GCUUCCGGACUCGGAAUCAGAGUGUGUGGGUAGAGCUUGCUGGGGGCGGGGAAGAGAAGGGGGGCAGAACAGGUAGCACCAUGGCAACCGCCGGACCUUUGGGCGCGUGACGUCACUCUUCUGGCUUACUGUCGAGCGGCCUCAGUGGGAGAUAGCUAGAGAAUCCUGGGCAGGGACGCCCCUCGCCUCCCUCAGCGUUUGCCGGGCCCGCCCUGAUCCCUUGGAGGGCUUUGUUCUUUUGUUCCAGUCUUGAGGGAGGACAGGAGCCGGGCCACGCCUGGCUGGUCUAUCUCCCAGCUUUUCCUCUUCGCAACAGGUGUGUCUUCCUGUAUUCGAACCGGCGGGGAUGUGAGCCCUGGAGUGUGUACGGAGGGACCAGGCUGGGUCUUCGUGCGCCUCUGACCAGACUCUAGGGGCAGCCAAACUCAGCGUAUGUCAGGGCUCGGACUGCCUGCAAGUAGAGCUGGACAUCUGACCCCAGACUGAGAUCCCAGCUGGAGGGGACGCUGUCUGGGAAACCAUUGCCUAUGUUCCAGAGGAACAGGAUGAGCUCCUGAGAUGGAAGAUCUGUCCUCUCCAGACUCUGCUCUUCUCCAAGGGGGACGUACAGAUAAAGAGGGACUGACCCCUCUUGUCCCAUCAGCCAGUUUUCAGGAAUCAGUGACCUUCAAGGAUGUCAUUGUGGACUUUACCCAGGAAGAAUGGAAACAGUUGGAUCCUGUGCAGAGAGAUUUGUUCAGAGAUGUGACACUGGAAAAUUAUACACACCUGGUCUCUAUAGGACUCCAAGUUUCUAAACCUGAUGUGAUUUCCCAGUUAGAACAAGGGACAGAGCCAUGGACAGUGGAACCAGGUGUUCCAGUAGGUACUUCUAGAGACUGGGAGACGAGGCCUGAAAAUAGUGGGUCAGCCUCAGAGCUAGACAUUUCUGAUGAAAAGCCAUCUCCAGCGGCAAUAGUGGAAAAAGUCAGAAGGGAUUAUCAUGGGAGUUCCAACUUCUUAAAAACUUUCGAAUCUGAAGGCAGUCCAGAAGGGGAACAGACAAACGAGUGGACACUGCCAAGGGAAAUAAAAAUCACUGAGAAGAAAAUACCUACUUGGAAGAAAGGACUUGUAAGUAAUGAAUAUGGGAAAAGCAUCAAUAUGAGUUCAAACCCUGUAACACAAGAAAUAUCUUCAGAAGGGAGCCCUCCUAAAUGCAAUGAACAUAAAACUGGUGUUAAACAGAAUUUAAACCCAAUUAAAAAAGAGAAAUCUUGUAAGUGCAAUGAAUGUGGGAAAGCUUUUAGUUAUUUUUCAGCUCUUAUUCGCCAUCAGAGAACACAUACUGGAGAAAAACCCUACAAAUGUAAUGAAUGUGAAAAAGCCUUCAGCCGGAGUGAAAACCUUAUAAACCAUCAAAGAAUUCAUACUGGAGAUAAACCAUAUAAAUGUGAUCAAUGUGGAAAAGGCUUCAUUGAGGCUCCAUCUCUUACUCAGCAUCAAAGAAUUCACACUGGAGAAAAGCCCUAUAAAUGUGAUGAAUGUGGGAAAUCAUUUAGUCAGAGGACCCAUCUUGUUCAGCAUCAGAGAAUUCAUACUGGUGAGAAACCAUAUACUUGUAACGAGUGUGGAAAAGCGUUUAGCCAGAGGGGCCACUUUAUGGAACAUCAGAAAAUUCAUACAGGAGAAAAACCUUUUAAAUGUGAUGAAUGUGAUAAAACCUUCACCAGGAGCACACACCUUACUCAACAUCAAAAAAUUCAUACUGGAGAGAAAACCUAUAAAUGUAAUGAAUGUGGGAAGGCCUUCAACGGACCCUCAACAUUUAUCCGACAUCAUAUGAUUCAUACUGGUGAAAAACCCUAUGAAUGCAAUGAAUGUGGGAAAGCAUUCAGCCAGCACUCAAACCUCACUCAACAUCAGAAAACGCAUACGGGGGAGAAACCCUAUGAUUGUGCUGAAUGUGGAAAAUCCUUUAGUUACUGGUCAUCCCUUGCUCAACAUCUGAAAAUUCAUACUGGAGAAAAACCUUACAAAUGCAAUGAAUGUGGGAAGGCCUUCAGUUAUUGCUCAUCCCUUACUCAACAUCGCAGAAUUCACACCAGAGAAAAGCCCUUUGAGUGCAAUGAAUGUGGAAAGGCUUUCAGUUACCUCUCAAACCUUAAUCAACAUCAGAAGACUCAUACCCAAGAGAAAGCCUAUGAAUGUAAGGAAUGUGGAAAAGCCUUUAUUCGUAGUUCAUCUCUUGCUAAACAUGAGAGAAUUCAUACCGGAGAGAAACCCUAUCAGUGCAAUGAAUGUGGAAAGACUUUCAGUUAUGGCUCAUCCCUUAUUCAGCAUAGGAAAAUACAUACUGGAGAAAGACCUUACAAGUGUAAUGAAUGUGGGAGAGCAUUCAACCAGAACAUACAUCUUACACAACAUAAGAGAAUUCAUACAGGAGCAAAGCCUUAUGAGUGUGCUGAGUGUGGUAAAGCUUUUCGUCAUUGUUCAUCUCUUGCUCAACAUCAGAAAACUCACACAGAAGAAAAGCCCUAUCAGUGUAAUAAAUGUGAUAAGGCCUUCAGCCAGAGCUCACAUCUGACUCAGCAUCAACAAAUUCACACUGGAGAGAAGCCCUAUAAGUGCAGUGAAUGUGACAAAGCCUUUAGUCGGAGCACUCAUCUGACUGAACAUCAGAAUACUCAUACUGGAGAGAAACCUUAUAACUGUAAUGAAUGUAGGAAAACUUUCAGCCAGAGCACAUACCUUAUUCAGCAUCAGAGAAUUCAUUCAGGAGACAAGCCUUUUGGAUGUAAUGAUUGUGGAAAAGCAUUUAGGUAUCGUUCUGCUCUGAACAAACAUCAGAGACUUCAUCCUGGCAUAUGACUAUUUUAGGAACAUCAUAAGAGGAUACAUUUAAUCUAGCUCAUCUUUUUUUUAAGUGUGAAGGAAUCAAUAUGGAUUGAGAAACUGCUUAAAAUAUUUUAAGUUUUCACAAUCAUGGAAUGAAAAGUACAUUGGAUUAAACUAAUCCAGUUACGUGACAUUGGGAAACUCAACCAUUUUACGCUUCAGUUUCCUCAUCUGUGAAAUGAGGGAUUUGGAGUAGAUGAUUUUAAAGGUACUUUGGAGUUUUAUAUUAAUUUUGUACAUUCACAGUAUAAUCUUGAAUAGGAUUAUUAUACAUCAGCAUUUUGCUAUGUUGAAUCUGGAAUGUGUGUUUAUGCAUGUUUUGCCAAUAGAAGGCAUUUGUGCUUCAGUAACUAGACUGGGGAUCUAUUAUGCUCCUGUUCUAAUGCACUUAAGUUGUUUAGGUAACUGCUUCCUAAUAAAAAGAAUUAUAAAAUA